CCAGAUAACAUAUUCUUGUCACAUCUCUGGUUUGCAUUUUGUUUCUGAAGCAUUAAUCUUUCCACCUUUCAGAUAUGUAUCAAGAUAAUGUCUUCAGAUUAGGCAGGAUUAGCGUCAAGCACACAUGCCAACAUUGUACUUAACCUGAUUAACCCCACUGGGAAAGAUAAACCUCCUGCGUCCACCUCCUCAGUCAAUUAUGUACUUGACAUCCAUAAUCAUUAAUGUUAUUUACAGACAGCCUACCCCACUGCUGAAGAGUGUGUUUACUCAAAACCCUGUGAGACCAGGUUAUUGACAACGUUUUACUUUUCUAUUGAGAAAGCGAGCAACAGCUCUGGGAUGCCUGAAACCGAAUUGGGCCUUCAAAUACUUGUGGGAUCCAUUGUGAAACAUUAUGAGCAACAGCUUUUGUGUCGGAAAAAAAAAACGCAGAGGGCCGUGAAUGAGCAGCAUAAGUGUGGAGAAGUCUCACGGUGCUGCUGUCGGGGGCUGAGUGUUUCCUGUGAGGAAGGGAGCUGUUGUGUUAGUGAGAGUGUUACACAGGAGAAACCUGAAUCCUGUCAGACCCCAAACAUUACACAGGCCUUGGCAGCGACUCCUGUACACACACAGAGAGUUGCCCUGGAACUUUGUUGGUACUGCUUGAAAUCUCAACCCACUGAAGCCCUCAACAUACCUCAGCUGCAGGUGGACAGUGAGGAUCUAACACUGCCUCCCAGUGGUGAGCGCUUCAACUACCAGCGAGACCCUAGGCCUCAUUUUGGAGUAGCCCACUCCUCUCGCUCUGUAUCUUUUCCCCUGUGGGACACUGAUAGGCCAAGAGAGUUGAAGAGGGGGGAAGAGGAGGAGGAGGAGGCCAUGGAUUCUGUCAGCUGUUGUCCUCACUGCCAUCUUGGGCUGCCACGUGAUACACUGCGCUGGCAUGAAGUAAAAUGUCUGUUGUUUGAUGAGCAGAGAAACAGUUCAUCUUCGUAAAAGUCCACGGAGGACUUUAUGGACCAGAUGUCACUUUUUUGGAGUCUGACCAGGCUUGGCUUUCUCAGUUAAGUCAUCUUUAUUUCAGGAGUGGUAAACUGAUAAUGGAUUCCAUAAUCAAUGCAGCCUGAUUAGAUAUAUCAAUGUCUGUUGGGAGUUGUUGAGGCUGGAGAAGUUCGUAUUCACUGAACUAAAUGUAUUUAAAUAUUUAUAUAGAUUCAGAGUUCAUAUCUCAAGAACAAACCUCAUGUUUCAGGUGUUAUCUGAGGCAGCCAAAACCUGUGUGACUCAAAGUUGCCUCAAGCUAAGAGUUCACACUUGGAGAGAAUUGUCAACAUGGUUGAGUCUAGCAACAUUCUGAAGCCAGAAGUGUCCUAUUGGCUUAUAUGAGACAAAACAAGAAUAACAGC